GCAGUAUUGAAUCUGCCUCGUACGAGGUGUGAACUACAAAAUAUAUUUAAAAAAAUAAAAAUAUGUAUAAAAACUUCGAAACCAACCAUCCCGCGUCAGUUGUUUUUCGAAUUUUCAACCGCGCACAUAAAUUAUUUUAAAAUCUUAUGUUCAAAUAAAUGCAACUAAUAUAGAACAAUAUUUAUUACACUAUUAUACAAAUAAUUUAUAAGGUUAAGAUAAAGAAUAAUAUAAUAAUUUGAAAAUAUGUGGGUGAUUGCAGUGAUUUACUUUGCCGCCAUAUCUGGUAUUACCAAUGGAGAGGACUGGUCUUAUGACUUCGAAAAAAACUGGCCGGGAGAGUGCACGAAGGGUACCCAGCAGUCACCCAUCAACAUAAUGUCCCGCAGUGCCGUCGUGGACAAGUUCGACUCGCACAUCAGGGGCCCCCUGGUGUUCCGGGGGUACGGCAGCGUCAACGCCUCGGCGGGCAACGACGGACAUACCUUGAAAUGGACGAUAGACGAAGACGCUCCUCCCCCGCUGGUGUCCGGAGGGCCGCUGCGAGGGAACUACAGCUUCGUGCAGUUCCAUCUGCACUGGCUCUCUGAACACGCUAUUGACGGAAUGAAGUUUCCCAUGGAAAUCCACAUGGUGCACGUGAAGACCGGGAUGUCGGUGGACGAGGCUGUGAAUCAUCCGGAUGGGCUGGCCGUUAUCGGGAUCCUUGCUGAGGUACACAGCACUACAGAAGAGAAUGAGUUUGCACUGGGAGAGUUGGAACCAGUCCUGCCAUACCUGCUGGAAAGGAAUUCAGGGGCUGUUCCUGCUUCCGUCAUUGAUCUCACGCGGAUGUUCAGUUCAAAUAUGCAAUCGUUUUACACGUACCACGGCUCGCUCACCACUCCCAACUGUCAGGAGGUUGUCACCUGGAUCGUCAUGGACAGGCCCAUCAGAAUUACUGACACACAGUUCAAACUCUUCAGUAAAGUCGACGUCGGUGGCAUUAACAACUACAGGAGCCUGCAGCCAGUCAACCGGGUCAUCCACAGGAGUAGAGAGUCCAGCGGCACCGUCGCUAUACCCGGCGCUAUCAGUCUCUUCGCAGCACUCCUCAACCUUUCCACGUCCAUCACUGGGGUCAUGAGCAAAGGCAUGUGCACUCUAGUCAAUAUGAAGAAGAGAUUCUUCGGACGCGACGUUAAGGAGUGCUCGGUUGUUAAAGCUUUGAACAACAGCUAAAUAUGUAUUUCAGUGACUAGUCAUAGACAUAGUUCAGUUCCUGUUGAGAGCUUACCGGCAAAGACGUAGGUAUCCAUUCCAUCAGCCUGUAUGCGUCCACAGCUGGACAUAGGCCUUUCCAAGAGCGCGCCACCAAACACGGUCUUUCGAUACAAAACGCAUACAAAUAAAAGGAUACAGAAAACCGCAUGCAAAAUCUGAAGUUUUUAGAGUUGGACCCAGUGGUUUGAAUUGUUACCUACGUUGUUAGAUAUAUCAGAAGUUAGUUUCUCUUUUUAUAUAAUAUAAAAUUAUGUAGAUAGAUUUUUUGGUAAAAGUAUAUUAUUUUUAUUAACUAAUUCCAUUUCCCAUCGUGCAUCCAUAGUUCUAAAUUAAUUAGUAAGUGGGCCUAUGAUAAUGCCGAAUGGCGAUCGCAUUGCAUUAGACUUUCUAGUUUAUAGAUAUAAGUAGAUUUUAAAUUUUUUUUUUGUUCCUUGGUAAGUAGAUCGAGUAUAGGAAGUAGGUCGGUACAAAACAUUAAUCGAUUUUCCCAUAUAAGUAUAUUUUCCUUUUUUAUUUGAAAGGGAACACAAGACGUAAGUCGUAGUCUUAUUUUUUUCCUAAAAUUUUACUUUACAUUUAAAUUAUUAUUUUCAUAAUAAACUACAUACAUAGGGUCUUUUAUUAUUGGGGGUCAUCAAUUUGAGCGAUUCUUGAUUUGAAAGAGGCUACUUUUGAAUUGAUCAUGUACCUAUUCGAGAAAAAAUACAGUAGGUAGUUAUUAUAGUUGGAUGUUGAAGACCAUUUUUUUCUGUUAUAUAGUUUACCUUCGCAAUGGAUUAUUUCACGUUGUUA